UCCCCCAGCUGACGUACCCCAGUCACGGGACCGGCCUUCAGGAGACAGUUCACACGGACUAACGGCCGAUGGAGACCGCUGGCUGCGCGCUUUGCCUGCUAAUGGUCGCUUUUCAGGCCUCAGUUCUACUGAAUGCUGAAUGCCCAACAUGUGCCCCUGGAUUCAAAUACGAUAUGUUGAUGAGAGUGAGCAGGAAGCACCUGAAGCCGGGCACAGUCCUGGGCCAAGUCGGCUUCACUGACGGCACAGACCGCACCAGGUUCCUCUUCAGCAGUGACAACAGCCGGUUCAGCGUUCAGACCGAUGGGACUUUAAUGAAUUUUUUUCAGGUCAAGAGAGCAGUAACUCUUCAUGAAGGACAUAGGGACUUCUCUGUCCAUGCAUGGGAUUCACAGGGUCUCAAGACGACUGUUGAUGUGAGGCUAAUGUACCAAAGGCGUUCUCCUGAAAUUGCUCAUCACAACAUUGAGCAUUACCUUAGUGACCACAGUAAUCAGCAACACCUCGCUGAAAUGGAGUCUCUAGCAGAGGUGCCUGUUCUCUAUUUUCCCAAGACUAAAGGCCUGAGGAGGAAGAGAGAGUGGGUUGUUCCUCACAUCAAUGUUCCUGAGAAUAACAGAGGUCCAUUUCCUCAAAAAAUUACUAACAUCCGUUCAAGUGAGGCUAAAUUUAAGAGAAUCUUUUAUAGCAUCACUGGUCCUGGAGCAGAUCAACCUCCCAUUGACCUUUUCACCAUUGACAAAAACACGGGUGUUUUGUUCGUCACACAACCCCUGGACAGAGAGAGCCAGGCCAGAUAUGUGUUUCAAGCUCAUGCUGUGGCAGAUGGUUUAGGAAAUGUUGAGAAGCCAAUGGAAAUUGUAGUGAAUGUGCUGGACCAGAACGACAACAAGCCUGUGUUCACUCAAGCUGUAUUUGUAGGACAAGUUUCCGAGGCAUCACCAAAAGGUUUUGAGAUUUGUACAGUAAAUGCCACAGACAAGGAUGAUCCAAAUACAGAUGGUGGAAUAGUCCAUUACCGUAUUCUGAGCCAGAACCCCCAACUGUCCAGCGUCCCUCUGUUUGCCAUAAAUGAAGUCACCGGGGUCAUCUAUAUCAGUGAUAUUGGGCUGGACAGAGAGAAAUGGCCAAAGUAUACUUUGUGGAUACAGGCUGCCGACACCAAUGGAGAAGGGUUGCGUGCAGAAGCCCAUGUAAUUAUUACUGUAACCGAUAGCAACGACAAUGCUCCAGUCUACACUCAGCGCACGUAUAAAGCAGAAGUGGAAGAAAACCACCAUCUCGGUCACAAGGUGAUCAAGAUGGUGAUAACGGAUGGGGACGAGCCACAUACCCCGGCCUGGAAUGCCAAGUUCAGGAUCGUUGGUGGUGACCCCGGAGGGCUUUUCAGUGUGACAACAGGAAGUAACAAACAAGAAGGAAUUAUUACAAAUGUGAAGAGUCUUGACUUUGAAGCAAACAGCAAACACACCUUUUUGGUCGCAGUAGAGAAUGAGGUUCCCUUUGCUGUUCCGCUGCCCACGGCCACUGCCACCGUGGUGGUCAACGUGAAGGAUGUCAAUGAACCUCCAGUGUUUAAUCCUGAAACAAAGAUCGUAACCAAACCAGAAGACCUGGUUCCUAACAGCGAAGUGACUCAGUACACAGCAACCGACCCAGACACAGCACGCUCACAGACUGUCCAGUAUAAAGUGAUCAGCGACCCUGCAGGGUGGCUGAACAUCAGUAAAGACAAAGGUGUGAUACGGGUGAGAAGCAGCAUGGACAGGGAGUCUCGCUUUGUCAGGGAUAACUCGUACACAGCACUCAUCGGUGCAUAUGAUAAUGACGAGUCCCCAGCCACAGGAACUGGUACACUGAUCAUUCGGCUUCAGGAUGUCAAUGACAACGCCCCGGCCAUUGAGGAGCGCGCUAUUAAGGUAUGCAACAUGGAACCAGCUGAGCACCUGUUGACUGUGACUGAUAGAGACGGGCCUGGAUUUGGUGCUCCGUACGCCGUCUCAUUACAUGGCACGUCAAAAACCAACUGGACCGCUAAGAUGAACAGCAACAAAACUGGCAUAAUCCUGAAUUUGGCUACGGAGCUGCCCAGUGGAGACUAUGUUGUGCUCCUGAGCGUUUCAGACAACCAGGGCUUGGACCAGGAAAGCACCCUGCAGGCCAAAGUGUGUGACUGCACUGGGGAGAACGUGACCUGCCAAUGGUCGGUUGCAGGUGGUGCUGACCUGCCUGUGAUCCUGGGAAUCCUCGGAGGCAUCCUGCUGCUGCUUGUGUUGGUGCUGCUGUUGCUGCUGUUUGCAAGACGGAGAAAAGUAGCGAAAAACGAACCUCUACUGCAGGAAGACAUCAGAGACAACGUCUAUAUAUACAAUGAGGAGGGAGGUAGUGAGGACGACAACCAGAGCUUCGAUCUUGGCGUUCUCCGCCGUGCGCUGGAUAACCAGCCAGAAGUCCUCAGAAAUGAAGUGGUGCCAAGCUUCAUGCCGGCUCCUCAGUACCGGCCUCGUCCUGCCAACCUGGACGACAUUGGCACAUUCAUUGAUGAUAACCUGAAGGCAGCAGACAGCGACCCCACGGCGCCCCCCUAUGACUCGCUUCUGGUAUUCAACUAUGAGGGAGGGGGCUCGGGUGCAGGAAGCCUGUCGUCCCUGGACUCCUCGAGCAGCGGAGACCAGGACUACAACUCGCUCAACGAAUGGGGGCCGCGCUUUAAGAAACUAGCAGAUAUGUGUGGUGGAGGGGAAGAUGACGUGCUGUGAACAAACCUGCAUGAAUGGCUCUUAACACUGGAUUUGUGUAUAUACGGACUGCGUGCAUCCCAGGGCAAGUGAUGUGAGCCAGACAUGGGGCUCAUACAGUAUGUGCCUUGGGUUGAACACGUGUUGGGUUUGUGGUUUACGUUUGACUGCGCUUACUAGAGUUUAAAAAAAGUCCCCUGUUGUCAAUCCUAAAGUGCCCCAUCUUUAUUUUACAGCCAUGUUCAAUACUAGAGGUGUUUUGUCUAAUCUGUAGAUUUCAUGCAGAUAUUUGAGGCUGACAGCUUUAAUACAUGACUCUGGAAAAACAUGUUUGCACUUGCACUGAAA